CUGAAUCAUAUCCCAGCAUGCAAAUACAUUUUAUCCACUGAAGAUAAAAAGGAGCACAGUAAGCCAAGUACAAUAUCAGAAUCAAAUUGCCCAACUCCUCACCCGUGCGUGUUCCAAGAGCAGAACCAGAAAUGUCCUCAGCAACACCAGCCAUACCCUCUCCCCUUGCUGACUGGAAGAUUCAGUACACUAAGAUUUUCAUAAACAACGAAUGGCAUAAUUCAGUGAGUGGCAAGAAAUUCCCCGUCAUUAAUCCUGCAACCGAAGAGGUGAUCUGUGAGGUGGAGGAAGGGGAUAAGGCAGAUGUUGACAAAGCAGUGCGGGCCGCAAGACAAGCCUUUCAGAUUGGCUCUCCAUGGCGCACUAUGGAUGCCUCAGAGAGGGGCCGCCUCAUCCACAAGCUGGCUGACUUAAUUGAAAGGGAUCGUCUGCUGCUGGCAACAAUGGAGGCAACAAAUGGUGGGAAACUAUUUGCUACUACAUAUCUGAUGGAGUUGGGAGGCUGUGUAAAAGGAUUGCGCUACUGUGCAGGCUGGGCCGACAAGAUCCAGGGCCACACCAUCCCCAGCGAUGGAGACUUCUUCACUUACACGAGACGUGAACCUGUUGGAGUGUGCGGCCAAAUCCUUCCUUGGAACUUCCCAUUGGUUAUGCUGGUGUGGAAGAUAGGACCCGCGCUCAGCUGUGGAAACACAGUGGUUCUCAAACCUGCAGAACAAACUCCCCUCACUGCUCUUCACGUGGCAUCCUUAAUUAAAGAGGCGGGUUUUCCUCCCGGGGUGGUGAAUAUUGUCCCUGGCUAUGGGCCCACUGCAGGGGCCGCCAUCUCCUCACACAUGGACGUGGACAAGGUGGCCUUCACAGGGUCCACAGAGGUUGGCAAACUCAUCAAAGAAGCUGCGGGGAAGAGCAACCUGAAGAGGGUCACCCUGGAGCUGGGGGGCAAGAGCCCCUGCAUUGUGUUUGCUGACGCUGACUUGGACACUGCUGUAGAAUAUGCACAUAUGGGCGUGUUCUUCCACCAGGGCCAGGCCUGCAUUGCUGCCUCCAGGCUUUUUGUGGAAGAAUCAAUUUACGAUGAGUUUGUUCGAAAGAGUGUUGAGCGUGCGAAGAAGUACGUUUUUGGAAAUCCUCUGAACCCAGGUGUAAACCAUGGCCCUCAGAUUGACAAGGAACAGUACAAUAAAAUUCUGGACCUCAUCGAGAGUGGGAAGAAACAAGGGGCCAAGCUGGAGUGUGGCGGAGGCCCCUGGGGGAACAAAGGCUACUUCAUCCAGCCCACUGUGUUCUCCAAUGUGACAGACGAGAUGCGCAUCGCCAAAGAGGAGAUAUUCGGACCAGUGCAACAAAUCAUGAAGUUUAAGACCUUAGAUGAAGUGAUCAAGAGAGCAAACAACACUACCUACGGCUUAGCAGCAGGAAUCUUCACCAAAGACCUGGACAAAGCAGUGACCGUCUCCUCAGCUCUGCAGGCAGGAACAGUGUGGGUAAAUUGCUAUGGUGCAGGAGGUGCUCAGUGUCCCUUUGGUGGAUACAAAAUGUCUGGAAAUGGACGAGAACUGGGUGAAGAUGGUCUAUAUGAGUACACAGAGAUCAAGACUGUCGCAAUGAAAAUCUCUCAGAAGAACUCCUAAUCCACGGGAGCAAAAACUUCAAUGAGCUGGCAUCCCCACCAAUCACCAGUGUAGAAGAAUUUAAAUAUAAAAUUUAUUUUUUUUAAUUUGUAAGCAUAAGCUUGUCACAUCCCUACUAAUAAUACAGAUUAAAAACCAGACAUGUUGCUCAUUGUAAAAUAAAUAUUUUCCCCUUGACAUGUGACAUGAAAAGGAUGGAUCUGGAUGCAAGAUCUCUUUAGUUUUGCUGUAGUGAUGUACUGUUCUUUUAAGUAUUGUCAGGAAUAAUCAUUUUAUAGAGGUGCACCAAUAGUCAUUUAGGCCUUCACCCUCAAAGACUGUGAGGUCUUAGUAUUCAUAUUAAUGACAGAGUGAGUUGCUUUGUUUCCAGCAAUUAUGCUGUCUGUGGAAUGUCUUGAAAUGUUUCCUAGAAUGUCGUGUCUGCUUGUUAAAUGAGAUGUUUAACUGUAAUUUGAAUAUAAAGUUUAAUUAAGACAAACUUA